AUGAUCCUCCCGGCAUACCAUGUCCAUAUUACUGCCUUUUUCUUUAUUACAUCAGUCGUGUUUAAUUCUGGAUUGGUUUACGUGAUUAUGAACUUUACUGCCAAAGAAGUUGGUAAAUACAAAUACAUCAUGUUGACGUUUGCCAUGUUCAAUGUACUUUACUCCACUGUAAACAUGGCUCUGCUACCAGCAAUACAUAUCCAUGAGCGCUCGUUUUUGGUGUUUGCCACUCGUCUGGAAUCCCUCUCACCAAAUACGGGCCGUAUACUGACCGGUCUGUACUGCUCGAUGUUUGCACAGUCUAUGUUCCUCUUAGCUGUACAUUUUGCCUACAGAUAUCUGUAUAUUGUGAGGUAUGUUAAGUUAGACUUGAAUCAGAAAGUUACAUUCUAG